AUGGAAGGGUUAUCCUCCAAACUUGAACCCCCUAAUCAUGGUAAUCUCAUAACAAUUUUAAGUAUUGAUGGGGGAGGCAUUAGGGGAAUAAUCCCUGCAGUUAUGCUUGAAUUCCUUGAAUCACAACUCCAGAAGUUAGAUGGUGAGGAAGCAAGAUUGGCUGAUUAUUUUGAUGUUAUUGCCGGAACGAGCACUGGUGGCCUCAUAACUGCCAUGUUAACCGCCCCUAACGACAAAACUCGGCCACUCUACGCCGCCAAGGAGAUUACUCCUUUUUAUCUUGAGCAUAGUCCGAAGAUCUUCCGCCAACCAAGGUAUGGGAUAUUUGGUUCAAUAGGGACUCUAAUGAAGCUGCUAAGCGGGCCGAAAUACGAUGGAAAGUACCUUCACAAUCUAGUAAAGGAAUUGCUCGGACAAAGAAGGUUGCAUCAAGCGUUGACUAAUGUGGUUAUCCCAACUUUUGAUAUCAAGAAUCUUCAGCCUGUUCUCUUUUCUACUUAUAUGGUCCCAGUUGCUAAAGAAUUGGACGUGUUGCUGUCAGACAUAUGCAUAGGCACGUCUGCAGCUCCAACGUUCCUACCAGCGCAUCAUUUUGAAAACAAAGAUGAUCAGGGCAAUGUCAAAGAAUUCAACCUCAUUGAUGGUGGUAUUGCUGCCAAUAAUCCUUCAUUAGUGGCAAUAAGCGAAGUGACAAAACAAAUAGUGAAGAGCAACCCGAAUUUCUUCCCGAUAAAGGCCACGGAUCGUGAACGGUUGCUGGUGAUAUCGUUAGGGACUGGAUCCGACAAGGUAGAGCAGCUCUAUAAUGCUAAAAGCGCAGCAAAGUGGGGAAUUAUUUCAUGGUUAUUUGACAAUGGUAAUACUCCACUACUUGAUGCUUUUAAUCAAUCAAAGGCUGAUAUGGUCGAUUUCCACAAUUCUGUGGCCUUUCAAGCAUAUGGUUCUCUUGACAAUUAUCUUCGCAUCCAAGAUGAUACACUAAAGGGAGUAUCAGCAUCAGUCGAUGUGGCAACCACAGAGAAUUUGGCAAAUCUUGUCACAAUUGGAAAGGCACUCUUGAAAAAGCCAGUAUCCAGGAUUAAUUUCGAUACGGGUAGAUAUCAACCUAUCCCUAAUGGAGGGACCAAUGAGGAAGCCUUAAUUAGGUUCGCGAAACUCCUUACCGAGGAAAAGAGCAGACGCGAACAAUAUCGGACGAACCGAAGUGACUAAUAUCACAUUUUUUAAACCCAUGUUUCAAUGGAUACUAUGAUUAUAUAGUAUAUAUAUAUGUAUACAAUACAUCAUGAUCUGGAAAAAAACUUACGCUCGAUUUAUGAUAAAUAAAUUUGUCAAACCAUGUAGCUCUCACAAAAUCUGUAAUAUUUAAUGAAUUUUAGUAUGCGUAGAUAUGGCCUAUGG